AUGGGUUGCAUUCGUCCAGCGACGCCUGGGUUCAUCGUCACCCUCGUCGCUACAGUCCUCCUUGCUGUCGUUUCUUUCUGCGUUCCGUUCUUUAAAUCAGUUUAUUUCCUCAGAGCAAGCAUCGACGUAGAGGGAAUCUCCGGUUCAAUAACAUUUGGUACCCUUGGCUACUGUCUAGAGUUCGCAGGCCAGGUCAAUUGCACAAAGCCAUCGAUAGGCUAUGAACUAGAUAUCAACGGCCUGGUGGGCAACAACUUGCCCAUCGAAAUACCCAACGUCGCAGUCAAAUGGAUCACUUACGCUCUUUUCACCCAUGUCGUGGCCCUCGCCCUCUCAGCGGGUUCUGCAAUAUUCGGCUUGUUGGCCCACGUCCGUGAAAUGUCGAUGACUUGCUGCAGCACAUGCGUUUCUGGUUUCGCCGCCGCAGUCGCUCUCAUCGCCUUCAUUUUUGAUCUUGUUCUUUUCUUCGUCGCCAAGGCGCGCAUCAACGCUGUCGGUUCCGCAACGAUGGGCAAUGCCAUUUGGCUGACAUUGGCAGCCUGGGUGUUGCUAUUCUUCAGCGGGUGUUUCUACACGUUGGGCCGAUGCUGCAUUUCCAGGCGUCCCAAAAUGGGCGGUUCAGGCUGGGGUGAGGGCUCCGGCAGGGACCCCAGGUACGAUGCCCCCAAGAACGACUAUACUGAGCAAAUGCGUCUCGACGCCGUCAAGGCGGAAGCAGACAGGAAAGCUCGCGAGAGACAGCAGAAGGAAGUCGGGCUUCCUGCAUUUGCUGAAACGCAACCGCUCACUGCCCGCGUCGAGGGAGACCAUGUGUACCUCGACGACGACUCAAAGGAUGCUAUCUCGACCGGACCAUCUUCACCAACAAGUCUCGCUCGACCGUCGCAGAACAGCCUGAACAGUAACCGACGUCAAUACAACGCUGGGGGCUAUGCGCAAGGCACACCAGGUAACAGAGCCAUCGACGAAUACUAUAAUCCAACAAACACGUCUUCGAGUCCACCCGCCCCCAACACCUACCCACCUCAGCCUCAACCUCAGAGACAGGGUAGCGCCCAUGCCUACACUCCCUCGGGCUACAGCAAUACUGCUGGAUACGGUGCAUCACCCCAACGUCAGCCGAGUGGAUACACUCCAGCAUCUACUGGACCAUAUGCCCAGACGGGCUAUGGUGCCUACCAAUCGACAUCGCCACCUCCAAUGCCUUCCCACUCUCAGGGACUUACAGUACCCGGACAAGCUCCAUACUCUGAUCCCUAUGACCCAUACAACCAAUCUGGACAACAGUAUGGGCACACAGCCGGUGGAAGCUCUUACCAUACUGCUUCCUCCCACAACCAACAACCGUCCGCAUAUUCACAAUAUGAUCCUUACGGACAAACGUCCUCUUCGCCUCCUCCCCAACCAACUUCUUACUACAGCCCACAACCUCAUAACCAAUACACUGAGCAGCCUGCCUUCCUUACCACCACCUCUCCAGAGCCCUACAGUCGACAGCCCCAAACUUCCGCAACUCCAGGGUUCCCAUCAGCGCUAACGCCAGGGUACGGAGCCUCCGCAGCUGCCGGGGCUGCGGCAGCGACUUCCCCACCACCCUCUACAUCCAUGCACUCCGUUUCUUCUGCCUAUCACCAACCACCGCAGCGGCAAUAUACGCUAGGAGGUGACGGGUAUGGCAACAACUCGGUCCCUCCACUACCUGAGCAUGAUCCAUAUAGCGGUUAUCCACCAGGACUCGAUACUACUUCAGGGGCAACCACGGGUGCUUACGCAGGUGCCACUAGCCCUGUGAGAGGACCUCGACCGCAACCUUCAGCGGGAGGUAUCCCUGACGAAGCUCCUCCAGGGUAUGACCAGGGAGGAUCGUCCGUCGUCGGACAAUGGGGCAAACACUAG